AUGUGGAGGCCUCAAUUGCCCCUUGGGAUCAAUGCCAAGUGGGCCAUCGUUAGCUGUGUGGUCAUUGUGACUCUUCAACUGCUUUAUUUUCUGAAUCGAGGUCAUGCGCUGCCCGGUCAAGCCGACAAUCUCCAUCGAGAAGAGAUUGUCUACAAAUUGUCGACCCUCACCGAGGCGUAUACGUCCAACGCGCACAACGCCAGCGUAGGCGUGGUUCUAGCGUCGAUCCACACCGACGAUCUGACGUGGUUGUGGGAUUAUUGUUCAGAGAGCCACGGCACUCCCUUCGUCUACUCAACCGAACAACCCCCGCAACCAGGCUUCCUUCAACCCACGACCUGGCGUGGCCGUGAAGCCGCCGCCUACCUCUCCUACAUCACCACCUUCUACGACCACCUCCCCACAUAUUCCAUCUUCGUCCACGCCUCCCCCGAACAAUGGCACAACGACCUCUUCGGUCCCCGGACCAUCGACACCCUCCGCAACUUGCGCCUCCAAGCCAUCGACGCCCACGGCUACGUCAACCUCCGAUGCAAACAUGACCCGGGCUGUCCGACGGCCGUCCACCCCAACAACCCCAGUGACAGCGACAUCCAGAAUAACGAUAUUCGCGCCCGCUUCGCAGAGGCCUAUCAGCAGAUGUUCGGCGUAUCGGCCGAUCAGGUCCCGGAUUCGAUUGGCAACGUAUGUUGUGGUCAGUUUGCCGUGUCUAGGGACAGGAUUAGGGCGCGGCCCAGGGAGGACUACGAGCGGAUUCUGGACUGGAUGGCGACAACGGAAAUGACGGAUAAUUUUGGGGUCGGGUGGGUGCUGGAGAAACUGUGGCAUAUUGUUUUCGGGAUGGAGUCUACUCAGUAA